CGCACCGUAGCGAAACAUAAGCUCUUCAGAUUUCUCACAAUCAACAACUCUGUACAUCGCACCCCUCUAAGGCCUGGCGCAGCAAUUAAAAUACAAAGCUCCUGGAAUCAAGGCAAAGAUGAAGUUCACCUUGUUCUCCGGCGUGUCCAGUCAGCCACCUCUACCAGAGAACCCACUAUCCGAGCCCUUUGAACUUGUCGCUCUUCCUGGACCAGACAUUUGGAGAACUCCAUCUUGCGCUGGGGGGCGCGAUGAUUUCAGCGGGCCCAUCUAUGCAACCCCCAUCCCUCUAAACUCAUUCAAAAGCGCCAAAGUCACCAUCUCCUCAGACUUUCCUGGAAAUUACUCUCAAGGAGGUCUCAUCUUGUUCAUGCCCGAGUCCAUCCCAAUUACUCAAACCGAUUCUCAACUGCGACUCGAGGAAUCACCACGAACAUGGAUCAAAGCUGGAAUCGAGAAAGUGGACGGCGAACUUUUUGCAUCCGUCGCUGCUGCGAAACCGUACUCGGACUGGAGUUUGGUCAAGCUGAGCGAGAGCUCUGCUACCUUUGAGAUGGAGAAGGCAAAGGGAUCACUGUGGAUAUAUGUCACGGGUCAGGAUGGUAAGAGAACGCCAGUGAGAAAAUUGACCUGGGUGGUUGACGUGGCUCCUGAAAAUGAUAUCUGGAUUGGCGUUGCGGCUUGUAUGCCGAAGGGUGAUGAGAGUCAGAGCGGCGGAAUGUUGAAAGUGCAAUUUCGAGACUUUUCUGUCUCAACCGAAUAGUCUAGCGACCGUAAAAACUAGGCAUCAUAUUGUAUAUAAAUAAGUGGUUAUUGCCUAUUGCGAGAAUAUUUUACUGGGA